AAAAGUAAGUCCGUAAACAAUGUUUCACUUCUACAAUCAAACUGAGUUUUAGUGCAAAUUAGAAUUGAUCGCGUUGGAGACUGGUAUAAAGCUUUGAUAGAGAUAACAUUACUUCAGGACAUGACGAGACUAAUAAUCGGUCUACUGUUAUGUGUCCUUGGUCCUGCUUGGGCGAAAAAUACAUAUAUUGUGACGGUACCACGACAAAUACGAGCUGGUUCAACGGCUGAUAUCUAUAUAGCACCUAUUAAUUCAACUGAACGAGGGGCUAAUGUAGUGGUUAUACUAUUGGACAAAGACAAUACCACAUUAGCAACUAAAAGGGAGUCAAUAUAUUCACUGCGACAACCUGCAGUUGUCAAAAUAAACGUACCCGAUACUAUCCCUGCUGGACAUGAUUACAAGAUGAAAGUCAAAGUUUCGGGAGGACUCUCAUUUGAUAAAACAGUAACAAGAAUACGAGCAACUACAAAGGCGACCUCUAUCUUCAUUCAAACUGAUAAAGCUAUUUAUAAGCCUGGAGACUUAGUUCAGUUUAGAGUAUUCGGUACUGAUCCUAGUUUAAAAGUCAGAAAUGAUCCGUUGGAUAUUUACAUACAGGAUCCCAAAAAUAACAGAGUAAAGCAGUAUCUUAAAGUAAAGCCUGUUUUGGGUGUUUUUGCUGGAUCAUUUCAACUUUCAACUUUAACAAAUUUAGGAACAUGGACGAUCAGAACAGAACAAAAGACAGAAAAAACUUCAAAAAGAUUUGACGUAGAAAGAGUUGUUUUACCUAAAUUUGAAGUAAACGUUGUAUUGCCGUCAUUUGAGCUGAAAACCGAUAGAUUCUUCACAGUUACAAUUAAUACAAUGUAUACGUUUGGAAAGCCAGUACAAGGGGACGCAGAAGUGACAUUUAAACGACGUUGGACGACUGUAAAACAGAUUGUGAAGAGAUUUAAGAUAAAAGGAAAGGCAACGGUCCGGGUUUUAAUGAGUGAAGUGGCUCCUAUGCUUGGAAAUUUCAUAGAAGUCAUAGCCAAAGUUACUGAAUCCAUUACUGGUGUUUCGGCAGAGGACAAAGGCUCUGUUCAAAUUUAUGAUACACCAGAAAAACUAAAUUUCUCUCCCAGGAUGCCUUCUGUUUUCAAACCGAAUAUGGAGUAUGCCAUAAUUUUGCGGGCAACACAACAUGAUGACAGUCCUAUAAAACCACCUUUAGGUAUGGUGAACAUCACAGUGACGUACUAUGUACCCGUGAUCACGGAAAAACAAAACGUUAGUCCUGGAUCAUCUGGUAGUGGUGGUCAAGUCAUGCCAAAGGGACAAAUGCUUCAACCGGAAACUCGAAAUGAACAAAAAGUAUUGUGGACAAGGGUUGUACAAAUACCAGAAUCAGGAAUAAUUGUUUUAUCAACAAACUUUCCGCGAGCGGCCCAAAAUGGAAAUAUACGGGCGUUUUAUCGUGGUGCCAGUGCAAAUAAAGGUGUUACCCAAGCGGAAUCCCCUAGCAGAAACUACAUUCAGGUUUCUGUUAGGAACAACCAAGCUGCAAAGCCAGGAGAGUAUUUACCACUACUUGUGAAAGUCACAGAAUCAAUUCGUUACUGUAGUUAUAAAGUGUUUUCGAAAGGAUCCCUUGUAGCACAGGGUAGAUUUACAAUGAGACAAGAAAAACAGCGAAACCAAAGACUGAUGAUAACAUAUGGAAUGGUUCCUCAAGCCAAGUUAUUAGUAUAUUAUGCUAGACGACAAGAUGGUGAAAUUGUGGCUGAUGCUAUCAGCAUACCUAUUGAAGACAUAUUUGACAAUGCAGUGUCUUUGAAAUUUAACAAGAAAACAGCAAAACCAGGAGAAGAAGUAAGCCUGCAAUUGACGGCUGAUCGAAACUCACUAGUGAACGUUCUGGCUGUUGAUAAGAGCGUUCUUUUACUGAAAUCAGGAAAUGACAUCACAACACAAGAUGUUUUGAAUGAGCUCCAAAGAUAUAACAACUUUGGUAACUUUCCAAGAUUUGGUGGAUGGGACUCCCGGAAGCCUACUCCUGUAAGCGACAUAGAUGCAUUCUCCGUUUUUCAGGGAGCUGGUGUUUAUGUUUUGACUGAUGCAGUAUUGUUUCAAUAUACACCUCCGAAUUCAAGGAGCAGAAUGAUGACCACCUUUGCAAUGGGUGGAAUGCAUCGUAGAGGUGGUGGGGAUGGGCUGACAUCUCCUACACGAACACGAAAAGAUUUUCCCGAGACAUGGCUUUGGGUUGACAGAACAACAGGCGCUGAUGGAACAUCUACUAUCAAAACUACAGCACCUGAUACCAUUACAGAAUGGGUGGCUUCAGCUUUUGCUGUAAAUCCUGUUUCUGGUCUUGGUGUGGCUGCAGAAAUGGCAAACUUGACGACAUUUCAGAAAUUUUUCAUGCGAUUUGAACUUCCGUUUUCUGCAAUUAGAGGUGAAAUUAUAAUAGUUCAAGCCACUGUUUUUAAUUACUUAGACCAGGAUCAACAGGUAUCUGUGAAGCUGUCAAAUAAUGCUGACUUCAGUUUUGUAGAUGGAAAUGGAAACAGUUUCAAUCCAGGUGGUGAUGGUUGGACAAAGCCUGUGCUUGUAAAGAAAGACAGUGUUAAUUCUGUGUAUUUCCCUAUCAAACCAACUGCACUUGGUAAAAUAUUACUGAAGGGAACUGCUAGAUCUACUCAAGGUGCAGAUGCUGUUGAACGGGAGUUUCUCAUAGAGGCAGAAGGUAUAAAACAAAGCUAUAACGUACCAUUACUUAUGGACCUUCGACAACAAAGAAGCUUUACAGACAAUAUACCUUUGUCAUUCCCUCCAAAUCUUGUAAAAGAUUCAGAGUUUAUUAAGAUACAAGUUAUCGGAGAUUUACUGGGGGCAACAUUGGCCGGAUUAGGAGACCUGCUUAAGACUUCCGCAGGAAGUGGAGAACAAAAUAUGGUUGCUUUCACCCCUAAUGUUUACGUUAGUGCUUAUCUGAAAGUAGCUAACCAACUAACAGAAGAAAUUAAAAAGAAGACAGCCAAAUUUCUGGAGGGAGUGUUCAUAUUACAGGGAGGUUCUGUUUCGAGUAAAAGAAGUCUUACAGCAUUUGUCCUCAUCGCACUUCACGAAGCAAGAGCUAAUAAUCAAGUACCUCCAAAGAUUAAGCAACAGGUUACUACUGCUAUCCAGAAAGCAACAGAUUACACUGCAAAGGGAGCACCUGUUUCAAUGGCUAACUUGUACGAACUUGCUAUAUCAUUUUACGCAUUAUCAUUGGUUAAGCAUUCUUCAACUGAUGCCAUUCUAACAGAACUUGAGAAGAAAGCAAAGAACACUGGUGGUGAAAAAUAUUGGGUAUUACCGGAGACUGAAUCAGAUAAAAUACAACCUUGGAAAUCAUGGAGGUCACCACGUGCUGACGUUAGGGCUUUAGGUGUAGAAAUGACGUCAUACGUACUGUUAGGUUACAAUUUGAGGGAUGAUACAACUAAAGGCAUUCGUGUUUUAAAAUGGUUAGCUAGACAAAGAAAUCCUAGCGGUGGAUUUAUUUCUACACAGGAUACAGUGAUAGCCGUCCAGGCAUUGGCAGGACUUGGAGGAAAGCUUUACGCCCCCAAUUUUCAAAUGACUGUAAAUACUAAAGGUGAUACCUGGUCCGUAGGUGAAACUUUCAAGGUCAACAAUCAAAAUGCUUUGGUCCUACAGAACAAAGACAUUCCCAACACUGUGAAAAGUGUAUCAUUAACUGCUAAUGGUAGCGGAUGGUGCAUGGUGGAGGCUGCAGUUGUGUUCAAUGUGAAUGAGCAAUUAAGAGAGCCUGCGUUCGCCUUGACACCAACGAUACUGAAUGAUUCAACAAAAGGAUUUAGACUCAAAGUUUGCUUCAGGUGGUUGAAGGUAGGACAGAGUACAAUGGGAAUACUUGAAAUAUCUUUGCCUUCUGGAAUGGAAGCUGACUUAGAGUCCAUCGAUACUACCAAUACUGGAGGACAAUAUAAAAAAGUAGAAAAGGGCUUCCGUUCAAUCAUCUUAUACUUUGACACGAUUUUGUCCACACAAAUGUGUAUUGAAGUAGAUAUAAGGAGAGUUGCCUUAGUUGCUCGACACAGACCUGUACCUAUCAAACUGAGAGAGCACAAUGAACCAAGUAAUGAGGUCAUAAAGACUUACCAAUCAAAAGCCCUGUCUUCCGCCACUAUCAUAGAAGUAUGUGGUCCUGACAAUUGUGUAGAAGUCAAGAAGCGAUGAUUUGACAACACUUGCUUUCCAGAGGAAUUCCUAACUUGUAUGACUUUUUUUUUUACUUUAUAUAAAUACUGUAUUUUAUUUGAAGAAGUCCGAUAAAAGGUGAAUUUUUCCUUUCUUUUGUAUGUAUUGUGCGUUUUUAAGAAUGAACCUGAAAAUAUUUCUAUGUAUUAACAUUUGUGUCUUAAUGUCUUUAUUUCAA